AUGAAGGAGUCGGAACAAACAAAGGAUAGCUCUCCAUCUUGGGAUUUCGACCAGUCGUUCCUAAACUCAUCUGCUCGUCUCUGCCUCAACACUUUGGAUUUCUCCGACCUCUGGGACGAGGAGGACAGUACCGAGGACGAGGGAGUCGUCUCAACCGGCUCAUCAUCGGCGGCGGCGGCGGCGGGGGCGUGUCCCCGAGCCCCUCCAGCACCCCCUCCUCCACCUCCCCCUCCUCCGCCCGCCCCACCUUUGACCUCCGCCUCCCACGAGGGUGCCACCACCAAAUGCCGAACCUUGAGGCUCCACUGGAGGGAGCUGCAGAGUUUGGCCCCCCUGCCCAGAAUGACGCGCUUCGGGACUCGGACCAUUUGGGCCGGACUUGAGCCAGUCCAUUUGGAUACAAACCGGCUGGUGUACCUGUUUGAAUCCAAGGGCGGUAGCAGCAGUUUUCAUGCGGCUUCUGGGAGGCAGAAGCAGCCGUCGGUCUCGGUGUUGGGGAUGAAGAGGAGUAACAUCAUCACCAUCGCCCUGAGCAGCCUUCCCCCUCCCCGCCUCCUCCCCCCGGCCAUCUACAGCAUGGACAGCAGUGUGCUGGACAGAGAGGAGGUUCAGCGGCUGAAAGCGCUAAUCCCAACAGAAGAGGAACUGUGUCUGAUCAAAGAGGCCAAGGCCCAGAACCCCCAAUCCCAUCUGGCCACGGCCGAGCUCUGCCUGCUCACUUUGGGGGAAAUCCCACAUGUGAGCUCCAGGCUUCAGCUGUGGGCCUUCGCUCUGGACUACGACUCCUUAGAGAGGGAAAUCGCUGAGCCUCUCUUCCAUCUGAAGUUGGCCAUGGAGCAGCUCGCCACCAGUCAGACCUUUAAAUGCAUUCUCGCGACAGUGUUGGCGAUUGGGAACUUUCUCAAUGGAUGCAAAGCCCGUGGUUUUGAGCUGAGUUACCUGGGGAAGCUGUCCCAGGUGAGGGAUACCCACACCCGCCAGCCGCUGCUGCUCCACGUCUGCGUGCUGCUGCUUCAGCUCUACCCGCAGUCCACCGACCUCCACUCCGACAUCACCGCUGUCACUAAAGCUGGAAAGUUCGACUACUCCCUAGUCCAGUCCAACCUCACCCAGCUAGAGGCCCUGUGCAAAGCAUCAUGGGGGCAGCUUAAGAUUCUGGACAAGGCCGAGGAGAAGAGGAAAGGAGGGAAGGUGGAUAAGAGGAGAGGAGGAGGAAAUGAGGCCCCGACCACAGAGGGCUCGCUCCGUCACCAGCUGCCGCAGAUUUUAAAAGAGUGUGAGGAGAGGCUGAAGGUCCUCAGAGCCGUCCAUCGCCGGGUUAUCAACAGGUUCCACUCCUUCCUCUUAUUCCUAGGCUACUCUAAAGCCAUGGUGAGAGACACCAAAGCGGAGGACUUCUGCAGAACCAUCAGCAACUUCUCCCUGGAGUACAGGGCCACACGGCAGGCCGUCCUCCUGCAGAGGGAGAGGGAACGACAGAAAAGCGGAGCAGAAAGCCCGGGCCCGAACACGCCCGUAGGCAGGAGGAAACGCCAACAGACUCCGACACAGGCCUUUACCUCAGAUGCUGACGAGGAGCAGUGUAAGCUGGAGGAGGUGCUGAGAACAACCGAGUCCAACUCCAGACUGGACGUCACUCUGCCUCGAGCUCGCAGGAGGAUGGCGGACAUCCAAGGUCCAUUCUCACGGAAAAUGAAAUGGUGA